AUGCCAUUCCAGGAAAGGGAAGAACAGACACUUGCAUUUUCAGAAUUUUCCACCGAAAGCGUUAAACGCGUUAAAAUAACAAAUGUGUUGGGGCAGGAAGAAGAGGUACAUAAGAGGACAGCAUUGGAGAAAGUUUUGUUGAUGGGAAAACCAGUGACAAAGAAUAUGCGUGUGUGUUCAAAACAUUUCAGAGAGAAGGACUAUUGUGGUACAGGUAUUCGCCAGCAACGGUUAUGGAAGAGACAAGAAGGAAUCAAGGAAAGGCAAACAGAUAUUCCCCUUAGUGAAACAGCGUCAUGUGCAGAACAACAAUUAAAUACAAACUUAAACAGAGAGGCACCAAAGAGCUACGAAAACUUAUCCGAAGAAGAAAUAGUAGUUGUUCAAACUCUCUUAGAUUUAGGUUCAGAUUGUGAUAGUACGUUUGUAAAUAAAGGUGUGCAGGUUGUUGGCACCGUGAAUUCCAUUAAACUCCAGAAAAAUUUAGAGGAAGAGAACAGGAAAUACAAUGACUUGGUACAAGGCGCCUUUUUGGACACCUACAGGAACAUAACCUACAAACACGUGAUGGCCCUCAAGUAUGCCAUAUACCACUGUCCUCAAGCAAGGUAUAUCCUCAAAACCGACGAUGACGUAUUCGUAAACAUGCCCGCGAUGAACAACUUCUUGAGGUAUGAGUUGUCUCCGUACGGUGCUAGUAGAGUAUUGUUCUGUACUCCCAGAAAGAACGCGAAUGUAAUUCGCAGUUACCGGUCUAAGUGGAGAGUUUCCUUCCAGGAGUAUCCAAACCGUACUUAUCCCACGUACUGCCCUGGGUGGUCACUCCUGUAUUCUCCAGACGUAGUUUUUGCGUUGUAUCGUGAAGCGCAGAUGGCCGAGUAUUUCUGGAUAGACGAUAUUCAUAUAACAGGAACACUUGUAGAGAGGGUUAAGUUAAAACAUACCGAUAUCGAGUUUUUAGUUAUUCCUUGGCGGAUGUUAUCAGACAUUGUUAACUAUUCCUGUAACGUUACGCAACCUUUUUUGUAUGGAAGGUAUAAUUUGAAAGAGGGAGUAAUUAGGGCGUUGUGGUUGUACGUUAAUACACAUCCUGUACCUAAGUAUAUUCUCAAAGAUAUACAGUAUUAGUUUAUCCGAACUAGGUUAUAGUAAAUUGGUGCAAAUUGUCUCCUAACAAGUUAGCUUCCUGAGAUUUUGAAAUGGGUAAAUUCAAAAUAAGCUGAUGACUUGGUCAUAUGGAAAAUGAAUAAAAAAAGUUGCAAAUGUCAAAACAUUCAUGAGAUUUUUUUCAAACGUAUUUACUCCAAAGUGUUGCUACCCUGUCGUGGUUUCUGUGGAUUUAAUAAAAUUUGGCCUCUGGAAACCGGUUUAAUAAUAUAAUCAUUACUUCAAGUUCAAGUUUUUUUUUUGAUUGCAGAUAUUUGGAUUUUACAAUCUCAUUUAUAUUUAAUUUAUUUUUCUAAACUGUUAUUCAACGGUUGUGUUCUUAGUAUUUGCUCUAAUAAUAACGGCCUUUAUUGUAACCUUUAUCCGUACUGAAACAAUUCAAAGAGUGCUGAACGCUAUUAGAAGUAGUGGAUAAGUUUUUUGUUCUAUAUUAUAAGUGGUCUGUGAUAUACAUGUAUUAUUAUCUUGUAACUUUUCAAUAUAUCAAUUGAUUUUUCUAUUUGCAUAGUAAUAGUACUAGACUAUAUAUAUGGGGUAAUUCUAAAUUGGAAAAGUAGGUACUCAUUUAUCUGUGGUUGUUAAACUGACAGGUCACAACAAAUAGUAAUGUUUUCCAUAAAUCGCCCACUUAUCAGGUGACCACUAAUAUCUAAUAUCAAAUACAGAUAAAAUAAUUAACCGCGAGUUAUCGGUACAUGUGUAUCUUUUAGAGAGGUAACAUUUUUUCAUAUUGCGUCAUGAUGUUUUAUUACAGACGUUUGUAUUAGCGCAGGAGUGAGGAGUGAGUGUUCUAUUACAUAAGAGAAGCUCUCAAGAAGUAUUUUCGAAUAUUGUUUUAAUAGUUAGUGGUUUUUGCAAAAUGGAUUCGAAAUAAAGUAAAUAUCGGUAAUGUGCGAAACUCUUGAAACUUUUUGAGUCACUACUGUGCUUAACGACAAAACAUAAAAAUAAGAAAACUAGACAUUUCGCGAAAAACAACAACAACAUAAGGUCAUGGCUUAUGGUGGCAGCAGCUUGAAAAGCUGUAAGCCUUAUACAGAUUACUCGAUUUUUGCGGGAUUGUCCAGUACAUUUUUUGGUAUCACGGUAAAGGUACUACGAUGUGCGUGCAAACUCCAUGAUUUUAAAAUACUUCGCUCCGCUUAUAUGGGCACAACAUGUACUAGCUCCUGAUCCAAUGAAGAUAUGUGCUUUGUUUUUUGAUAAGACUGGUUGAAUGGCAAUUUAUUAAAGAACUUCAUUGGACAAAAUAUAAGUUUAACAAUCAACUUGGUGGAAAAUAAAGAAAGUUAUUUUAACCAAAGAAGACAAACAUGUAGCUAUAUUAUAGGCUUUUAAUACUGACUAUUAAGAAAGCUAAUAAAAUUAUAUAAGAACUCUUUAUAGACGUAAAAGAAUAAAUCGGUAAUCAUACAAUAUAUUAAUUGCGCGUUUUGUAUCUUUUUUGAAAAUGUCUUAGAUGUAACGAGUACAACAAAUGAUGCUUUCUUCUACCCCCUUUAAUGUUUGAAGCUUCUAAACGCUCUAAGACAUAUGACUACCUGGUACCUACAUUUUAGCCUUUUCUGGGUCAUGCAUCACGAAAGUUUAGACUACUAUUUUGACUAAUAAACAAUAAACUAUUUUGAUGUUCCAUAUUUGGAAACUAUCCAAUCCUGUUUGCUGUGAAGUGUUUUGGCCAGUGAAGUUCGGUUGAUAAAAUCGUUUACUAGAUAUUAGAUAAAGUGCCUACUUAAAAGUUUGUGCAUUGUUAACAUGUAUCACUAUUUUUAUGGUAGAAUUAAUCAAUCAAUGGGUCCAUACAUAAAAUUUAGUACCUAACAUAGAAAUUGCGAAAAGAGAGAUUUGUUAAUGUUUAUUGAAAUUAUAUGAAAAAUGGUAUGCUACAGUCAUAUCAGGUUUGUGUUUGAGAAAAAUUGCGCACUAUUUCUGAUUGACGAUUUGGGGGUUAAUAAACUUUUUGAAUAAAUAACUUUGACUUCCAUGAAUGAUAUUGAAAGUUUACGUUCAUCGCGUUGGAUUAAGUCAAAAAUAUAUUAAGCAAGGCCUGUCCACUUUUUUUCGUAGACAUACUAACGUUGGCCAGUUGCAGUUUGAGAAAUCUGCGAAAACAACUCAGCAUAAGUUUUAGGAGCCACAAACAAAAAUAACUGAUCGAUCAAACGAGCUUACCUGUGAAGUUCGGAGUGGACACUUCACAUAAUUGCGAAAGAACUUCACAGGUGUAAGUUCGUUUGACCGAUCAAUUAGAUUUCAGUGUCCACUCCGAAGGUAUAUACAAGGUAGUUGUUCAAAGACCUGCGAUGUGUUGGCCCACCGAAUAGUGACAAAUGCCUUAUAGGUUUAGUUUUUGUUAUUUUGAUGUAUCCAUUUAUAUAUUUGUUGAUAUAUGCUGUCAGCUAAACAAAUAUAAGGGAUGUACAUCCCUGAAUAAAAUAACAAAAAUAAUACGUCUUCUCUAUGACGCAAGUUCUUAGUUAUUUCGAUAUAUUCCAACAGAUACGUUGGGCAGAUACAUUUAUUCUCAGGAAAUGAAGGUAGUUGCAUUGUUGUGUUAGAACCUGAUAUAUAUUUUUAUUUUAUUAGUAUUGAGGACUACAUAAGCUAAAUCAAAGAUAUCUUCUCAAGUCAUCCUCCAGUGUAAUUACUUCGUGGAUUAGUAAUUGCGGUGAAUCUCACCCAAUCGUCUCAAAGUAUUGAAGACCUAUUGCUAGAUCCUAGGCAUAACUGUAUCUUGGAAUUUGUGGCCGUUUUGCGAGCAAUGCCUCUGAGGAACCUUCCUACUAAUUGGAGAGAUAAUGUUGUUGAAGGUGCUAUAGACAUGGCUUCCAUUAGAGAGUAGCUCCUAUGAGAAUUGUUAUCUUAGAUACUUAGUACUUUUGCCAUAAUUUUUAUGUAUGUGCUUGAUGGUACUAUCCGAAUUCGACGCCAACAUGGUGUGCUGCUAGUUCAUUGACCCCUUGAGGUAUGAAUGCAUAUUUUUUAAUAUCACUGCCAUCAAGCAUGGGUCCCCAGCAAGUGGAUAUACAUCUAUAAAGCUAAAAUGUGUGUGAAUCAUAGUUUAUGUUAGAACCAGAUGAAAAGUAUACAGGUUUCCUUGUGAUGUAUUUGGAUACUAGGAGGUAUCAAGGCUGUGUGCCAGUGUGGCACUGAUACUAUCUGUUCUGUCUGAUCAUUAAAAUCUUAUGGAUCACUUUCAACAUAAAACAAAAUGCAGGGAGUGCGUAAAAGUCUAGGUCCUCCCAAUACCAAGAGGUUUUUCCUCAUUUCCUAGGUUUUUAGACAACAUCGUAAAUCCACCUGAGCGUCCAAUCACUGUAGUGAAUUCGACUGGAAACACUGAAUCGCCGUGUUAUUGAAAACAUGGUCGUCGUUCUGUGUUUGCUUUGACGUUAGAGAUACGGUCUUCUCAGUUAGAACGUGCUGCUUGAAUAGGUGUUGUGCCUACUAUCCCAGUAAUUACGAAUCACACUUAUUGCAAAGGGUGCGGUACGUUCUUUAUAGUCUGCUCAGAUCUGGGAUCCUAGAGCAGCUCGCGCUUUAUGGUUCUUCCCAUAUUUGGAGGUUUUUUCUGAUCUUUUCCACAAGAUGUGACAACGUCGGAAUCCUGAGCAUUUGGGCCUGAUAGUAGACUUGGCAAUAACACAGCAUGUUGCUCGAAUAAGUGUGGUGCCGUGCAGACUACUAUCUCAAUAACUAUGAUAACGUACCGAUUCACACAGGAUAUGGUACGUACAUGAGUGACUGUUCAAGGCUGGAGGCCUAGAGCCGCUCGGGCUAUGAUGGCCCUCUAUAUAUCUAGAGGUUUUUCCUUCUUUUUAAGAUUUUCCACGUGGAAAUGAUGAGGUAUGCCUGUACAUAAUUGGGUGCUUGUUCAAGGCGGAAGACCUACAGUCUCUCGAGCUGUGGUCCUUCGUAUAUUUAGAGGGUUUUCCCUCUCUUUUAGAUAUUUUUUUCGCCAGAAGUGUCAACUUGUGAGUACUGCUUGUACGUACGUGUGUGUGUGCGUGUGCGCGCGUACGUGCGUGCGUGCAUGUGUGUGAGUGUGUGUGCGUGUGUGUGUGUGUGUGACGAAGGCCUAGAGCCGCUCGGGUAUGGGUACUACCUAUAUCUAAAGGCUUUUCCGUCUUUUUCGGAAUUUGGCGAGAUGUGGCAACGUUGAGAUCUGCCUGUACUUACCCAAGUUCCUGUCCCAGGCUGGAGGUCUAGAGCCGGUCGGGCAAUGACCAUCUUUAUAUACAAUUUUUUCUUCUUUUCCAAAUUUUUCACAAGAUGUGGCAACAUUGAGGUCCGCCUGUACGUACUUGAGUACCUGUCCGAGUCUGGAUGCCUAGAGCCGCCUGGCGAAUGGUCCUUCCCGUAUCUGGACGUUUUUCUCUUUUUUGCACAGUUUUCACAAGACGUGAUAACGUUGAGGUCCGACUGGGGUUUGAGCGCCCUACACUGACAGCGCUGUUAGUAGUACUUAGUACGGCUUCUACGGUAGUGUUCAGUAGAAUUCACGUUAUAGCCACCAGAACAGCGUAUACUGUUUUUUUACUAUGGAAAGGAUUGCCUAUGGAUUUACCUGAAAAAAUAGGAGCUAACGACGGAGAGACUCCUAACGAUGUGCACGCAGCACACACUAGAAAACGAAUGAGGACAUAGGCGGAGGGGAAGUGGGGAGGUGGCAUGCUGAACAUUUGACUAUUUGAAAUGUGUGACGUACCCUACACCAGAGGCAUACUACCUUGUAAAUAUCUAAUCUAAAAGAAACUUAUAAAACGAUGGUACAAAAUCGUGUUUACUGUUUGCUGCUUUCACAUCGGUAAUGUUUUCAUCACAUUUAAAAUUCUCGAUAUCUCUGCAAUUGAGUUUAUAUAUUUACUGAACUGCAUGAUUUUUUGUUUCACGCAUAUAGCAUGAGGCAAUUUUAAUAUUUCAAGGAUGUAGACUUAAUUGCCAAAUCAAAAUGAGAGUGAUAUAAGCUACUAAUACUUCUUCUUAAUUGCGACUCUUUUCAACAGCGUGACAUUUUCUAAUGCAGUUUAAAUGUAGCACAAAUACUCAUACAGGUCGGUUAAAAAACAAUGGCAAUAUUUCUAGGUCAGGAACAAAUUCAAGGAAUAUUUAGAAAAUGUCAUUUAUUCAGGGGUCCCAAAAUGCCCUUUUCCCGAGAUUCAGUGUGUUGAAGUUUUAAAAGACGAGAAAAGUAAAUGGCGUUAUUUAAGUACGUGGCCAAACUUCAGGAGGUGAUUCUUUGAGUAAUUUUAAGAUGAAAAGUUCAUAUAAACAUAGGUGAAGAAAUACUUCAUUUUCCUAAAUAUCGUAGUAAACUUUUAGUCGAUUUUGUUCAAAUUUAGCAGUGGCAUUAAGGGCAGUAAGGGGCUAAUUUAGCCCCGAUUAGAUUGAAAUUAUUAGGUCCAGUGGGGUCCCGAAAAACACCCUAAAUAAUAUCUGACUUUACAUUUGUGCGCCACUGACUUUUUCUAUUUUUUGUCGAAUUAAACAUCUAAAAAUACAGCUAUUUUGUCUCCUGAGUUUCUGUCAUAUCUUGCUUCGUUUGCGAGAUAAAAAACAAAAAGCACUUUAUUGCAUGAUUUUGAUAAUUAAGUUUAAAUUUUUUGCUCACAUUAUACCUGCUUUGGAUAAAACAAAUAAACAUAAAAUAUUUACAUAACGUUAUUUAUUGUUGCAAUCUCUUGCCAGUGAUACAGCACAUUGGUAACGCUGGAAAUUAGAAAAAAAAAUCGAACCGGAAAAACGUCUUUGUAACACUACACUUAAACUUUUAUUUCAAUGAAAACAUUUAACAGUAAAUAACAUGAUACUUAUAAUAGUUGCUGAAAAUGCCCUCUUUCAACUUCAAUGCAAGCAUUAGCUCGUGUUAACUUUGAUUGGGAAACUUGUUGAAAUAUUCCUGGCGUAUGACUUAUCUAAUCACAUGAAUCUCGUAUCCGUUGGGUUAAUUCUUCUUCAGUGUUGACUCGAGUUUUGUAAACGAGGGACUUCAAAUGCUCCCAAAGAAAAAAUCUGAUGGAUUUAAAUCCGGUGACCUGGGUGGCCAUGAAUAUGGACUUGCGUGUCCGAUCCAGUUUUCUCCAAAAGGUGCAUCCAAAAAUUGCCGAGCUACUACGCAGAAGUGAGGUGGAGCCCCAUCGUGGGUUUGGUAUGGUUUAAAUAUUGCUCCUCUUACUUCCAGCGGGACAUUCUCUAGUACUUCAGGCAAAAUAAAUUCCAAAAAAUGACGAUGCUCGUGACCAUUUAAUUUCGGGGGUAAAAAAUGAGUUCCAAUGAGAUAAUUAUCUCCAAUACAACUCCAAACGAUCGCGGAAAACUGUUGUUGAUGAUUAACUGCUGUAACCGCUUCGGGAUUUUCUUCAGACCAGAUGUGAUUAACUGUGAAAGUUCAUAAUUUAAUUUCAGGAAAAACAUGCUUCAUCGGUAAAUAAAAUACGGGAUAGAAAUCUUAGAAAAGCUACCAGUUGUUGCAAAAGCAAGUACAAUAAACGACUCGUUAGGGAAAAUCGGCAGAUAAUAACGCUUGAAUACGCUGUAUGUGGUAAGGAUACAGUUGAUAUUCCCUUAAAAUCAGCCGUACAAUAAAGUGAGAGAUGUUUAGUUGUUCUAUAAUUUUACGUGUACUUGUAUCGGGGCUACGCUCAACUUCAUGUAAAACUGCUUCCCCCAUCUCCACUGUUCUUACUGUGGUAGGUCUCCCAAUUACAGCAGCCGACCUUUGAAAGGUGCUUGAUUAGCACAGCCUUUCCUGUAUUCUCACGAAUGUAAGCCUAUUUUGUAUAAUGCGAUGACGAUAUCUUUCUUGAUAAAUGCGCCUAGCCGCUCUAGAAUUGUCUUGAGUCAUUCCAUAAACAAAAUCGACUGAAAGCUUAUCGAGAUAUUUAAGUAAAACGGAUUUAAAAAAAGUUUGACACCCUGUAUCUUGAAAAUGAAGCAGUUCUGGAACUAUGUUUAUAUAAUCUUUUGAACUUAAAUAACACCCAGUAUAUCUCAAGUGGAUAACGCUGUGGACUUAAAAUGUAUUAGUAGUAAUAACGCACAUGCAAUACGGACAAAAGUAUUUACGCCUCCAACUACACCAGUGGCGUAGAAAGUACGAUUUAGUUUCUUACGGAGGGAACAAGAAAAUUGGUUUUUGUGCCAUUGACUUCGGUGAAAUCUAUUGCAUGUUUGAAUAGGGUAUUUAAUUUCACAAGAAGUAACUCUAUCGAAAAAAUUUUGUCAGUCCCUUUCUUUUGAAGAAUAAUUGAAGGGGUUAGAAUAAAAAGGGUAUAAGUAACAUAAACAUUGUUUUGAGAUAAUCGAGCUCAAAGUUGUAUGAUUUUAAAAAAAUCCUGAAAAUAUUUAACCCAUAUCUUUGAAUGCUUUUAUUAGAAGGAAAAUAUGAAAUUUUAGUUGAAACUUGAGUUUUGGAAAAUAAUUUUGUUUUUUUGCAAAACGAAGCACUUAUACCCUUUUUUUCCCAAACAUUAGUUCAAUUUGAUUAAAAUGAAAAACAAAACACUUAGAAACAUUUUUAUUCAGAUUAAAUAUUGUUACAAUCAUUAAACUAAACACUAUUGUCUGAAUCAGAGUCAAGUAAAGCCAUAUCCGUCUCACUUUCAGAGUCCAUGGCAUUAUUAGAAGCAUCAGCUGUAGCCUGCUUUGAUGUAUAUGCAGCACCCCUGAUAUUAGUUUGCUUAAGUUUAUUAAUGUUUUUCUUUUUGUUUUUGUUGCCAUGAUUUAGUUUCAUAUAAAAAUCAUGAUGCCGCGGUGGUAUGUAUUCCAUGAGGGUCUGCAAAUUGUUCCAUUUCUCUGUCUCAGAGUCAAGUAAAGCCAUAUCCGUCUCUCUUUCAGAGUCCAUGGCAUUAUUAGAAGCAUCAGCUGUAGCCUGCUUUGAUGUAUAUGCAGCACCCCUGAUAUUAGUUUGCUUAAGUUUAUUAAUGUUUUUCUUUUUGUUUUUGUUGCCAUGUUUUAGUUUCAUAUAAAAAUCAUGAUGCCGCGGUGGUAUGUAUUCCAUGAGGGUCUGCAAAUUGUUCCAUUUCUCUGUACUGAUGCUAAGAGAAUGCUCAUUUAAUUCGGUGCAAAAUACCUUUUCUAAAGUAUUGGCUGGUCUUCCUUUACCCAAAUAAGGGCAGGUACAUGUAGUGAAAGGAAAAUCUUCGUUCAGAGUACUCUUAAAAUUAAAAGAAUACAUCUCCAAAUUUUUGCUAUAUUUGAAGUGACGAAUUUCUCUGAAAUUCAAACUAUGUCUCUCGACAUCCUUUUUUGGAUCGCUUAUUAUAGCAUUGAGAUGUGCAAAUGAAUAGAAAUGCUCUUUGUUCAUAGAAUGUAACGAAAAACGUUUAGAAGCUGACUUUAUUACAUCAGUCCAGUCAGAAGGAAUAAAUACUUGUGGAAUUUUUCUUUUGCAUUUUUCUAUAAGGCCAAAAGACCGGUCACACUCCAUAUAUGUGUGCCCGGGUUCUAAAAAUUUAUGUUCAAUUUCUUCAAGCGGUGUAGCUUUAACCAAAAACAAAUAAUUUGCAUAUAUUUUUAUUUUUAUUUUGACCGCCACAAGAAUCACUAUAGGCGAUCAAUCUUUUAAUGUUUGGUGGCAGGGAUUUUACAAAGUGUAAUAGACAUGACCCUAUUUCUUGUGAGCCCCUCGAAGCUAUAUUUUCAGACCAUACAUACAUGUGAGCUUCAUUGGUUAUUAGGUUGUAGAUACAAAAGUUGUAGGUCCAAAGUUGUCUCAGAUAAAAUACUUUGGAUGUUGUCAAGAGUGGUGUUGGUAGGGACUGUUGCAGGUCAAAGCAUACCACUACUGUAUCUGUUGAAAGUCUGUAUUUCUCGAUGUCGCUUUUCUUCAUGUUAAUGGCAUUUUCGGCACGUUUCUGAUGAAGCUCUAACUGAACCUUACUGUGCGAGACUUUAGAAUCAUCAUUCGAAUAUUUUAUAAUAUUUUGAUGGGAGUCACAGCGGGAACAGGUGUCUGAGUGUGGACGAUGAAAUCUCAAGUUGAAUUCGCUAUUAAAAAUAUAUCUAUAAUAAGAGAGCUUCACAGGAAUCUUGUUUGCGUCGUUGCAAGCGAUUUUGUAUAAAUCAUACAUAAUCUUAAUAUUUAAAUCUGAUGACAAGUAUUUCGUCUGAGAAUUUGCUUUUCUAGAAUAAUGGCUUGUGUAUCUAGGAAACCUUUUGAUGUGAUUGAUUACAAAAGUUCGUUGCUCAUUUCCCAUCCUCCUGUGAGUUUGUCCUUUUCCUCUUUUAUCUGGCUCAGCUAUACCAAGGUGAUUUGUUUUAGCACAUACAGAUGUAAAUCUUUUAGUUGAGAUAUCAAAGGUUUUUAGAAAAAAUUGUUUGCAAACGCGCUUUUCUAGUAAAAAUAUAUUUGUGCUAAAUUUUCUUUCGAUGGUGCUGUCAACUUUUUUCCUCUUUACGUUGGAUUUUUUUAUACAUGAUGAUAAAAAAGCAGUCUGAUGAUCAUAUGACGGUAAAUCAUAGAAGGCUUUGAAAAGUUCUCGCCUUUUUUCCUCACAAAUAUUUAUAUUGCAUUUAUAUCGACAUGUAUGCUGAUAGGGUUGCAGUGACUUAUUUUUAUGCACCUUGUUGUUAGACACAUACUCUUUCCCUGCAGCUCUACAGCGUUUUAUUUUGUUGAUCUUCCAUUCAGAUGGACGUCGUAGCCUUUUCCUUGUUUUGUCUGGAGUGAUAUGAAGCGCCUCAUCUAUUAAAUCUACUUCAGUAGUAUCAGAGUCAAGAUUUUCUUCGUUUGCAUCUGAUUCGGAAGUGGAUGAUGGAAUGUAUUCUUCGUCUUCGUCCGUAUAGUAAGGGUCUGAAAGUAGAACAAUAAUUUGUUACUUGCUGGGACACUAUUCAAAAUAAUAAAAAACGAAAUUGCUCUCAAGUAAUUAACAAUAUUAUGCAGAUAUAAUAUGAUAAGCAAUAAACAUAACCACACAUUUUUGGUGUUCACUUAUUUUGGUAUUAAUCAUAACUAUAAUAUAAAAUAAUAACCAAAGAUGCUUACCUUCGUCGCUUUCCAUUUUUAUUUAGGAAAAAACAGCUCGCAAAUCGAUGAAAUAAUCAAUAAACUACUAACACAAUCGUAGCACGUGUUUAUAUAAACAGUUCUUUUGGUUGGAAUAGGAAGGGUAUAAGUGCAUUUACAUCCUUUCUAUUCCAAAUAAAAAUUCCGUUUCAUUCAUGUACUUUUUCUACUAGGCAAUAGAUGGAUUCAAAUGUAUUAAAAAUCACUUAUGUCCUUUUUAUUUUCAUAAAUAUACACCUUAUCUUUUCCAAUCCGUACUUAUCUCGAAAAAUGUUAAAAGUGCACUUGUACCCUUUCUAUUCUAACCCCUUCAAUUGGUAGGAACAUUUGAGAAAUAAUCUCUGUCAAAAGAUUAAUUACCAUAGCGUUAUUUAAAGUUAUUUUUGGAUGCACCUUCUACUAUGGAAGUAUUAGCAAUGCUUUUUUGAAACACCAUGUAUAUCAUUUUAGCUUUGUUAUAUUUGAAAUUGUGAAAAUAUUUUUUUUUUCAUUUUUCUUGCAUGCACCUUAAGUGUUAUUUUUUGUAUAGUUUUUAGUACAAGUAUGUAUCAAAAUCACCAUUGUGAUUGAAAUAUUUAUAAAUAGAUAGUUUAAUAUGUAGAUAGAAGAUUGUUUACGCAUAUUGUAGUAACAACUUUCAAAAAUGAUGAUAAUUGGUAUUAUUUUAUUAAAAUAGG